AUGGCUCUUAUCAAUCUUUUUCACCGGGCUGCUUGCAACCUGGAAUUUUUCAGAGGAACCAAAGAGAUUCAAGACCUCUCCACCACUCCAGCUGGUCACAGAAAGAGGCACAGCACAAAGCUAAAACAAAAUAUCCUGCUAAAGCCAGGAAGAAGUACGAGUAGGAAAUUCAAGAGCACAAAGGCCUCAGCUGAGCUGCAUGAGCAGCGAGGCAAUGAGAAUGUUUUAGCUUGCCACCACAACCUUGGAGGAGGACAGCCCCAGAAAUACAUGGGCUGGAUGGCCAGGACAGGAUACAAACACAUCAAGGGCAGGAGCUGGAGGAGGGCCAAGACAAAAGUCGGCGGCGAUGCGCAGGGUAACACGCCGACGGGUGAAAUCCCCACUGGGGAUCCCAGAGGUGUGCGGACCCCUCGGCACUCUGUGGCCCUGGCACCAGCAGGGGAAGGGGAGGAAGGAUGCGGGUCCCAGCUUCCAGAGACCACCACCAUCAUGUUUCUAAAAGCAAAAGGUGAAACCCAGCAGACGGGGCUUCCUGCCCAUGCUGAGUGCAUGCCAGCACCCAACCCCGGCAUGGACAGCAGUGCUGGAGCCGGUGGCUGCCCGAUGAAGAAGCAAUGUGAUCAAAAGCUGCUCAUUCGAAUGAAAACUCAAUGUGUACCUUGCUCUUUAAACCUGGAAACCCAGUGCCCUGCUGGUUACACCAAAAUUACCAACGGGACAGGGAUACCAGAUUGCAGGUAUUAUCUAGAAAUUAAAACACACACACUUUCUUUUCCGGGGUGUCGGCAUCAUUGUAUGAAGGAACUUGAACAGCCUGAGUGCUGCCAGGGACACUGGGGCCCAGACUGCAUGGCCUGUCCGGGAGGAGCUGCGUCACCAUGCAACAGGAGAGGACGCUGCUCCCAGGGUAUAAAUGGGGAUGGAACUUGCAUUUGUCAGAAAGGCUUUGGUGGAACAGCCUGUGAAAAAUGUGCUGAAGAUAAUUUAUUUGGUCCUCACUGCACAUCAGUUUGCAACUGCAUUCAUGGAGUAUGCAACAGUGGAAUUACAGGGGAUGGAAGAUGCACUUGCGUGUCUGGAUACAAAGGGCUCCACUGUGAUCAGCCGAUAGCUGAAUGCGAGGCCUUGCGGUGCCCUGCAAAUUCCAGUUGCACUGCCUCAGGAGAGGAUGGAAGACAACUGCAAUGCACGUGUCUGCCCAACUACCAUGGGGAUGGUACACAAUGUGAACCUAUCAACCCAUGCUCCAAAAAGGUCUGCGAUCCUAAUGCCGACUGCAUUUACCUCGGACCAAAUCGGCACAAAUGUACCUGUCGAGAAGGUUACAGAGGGGACGGUCAAGUCUGCUUACCCAUAGACCCCUGCCAAGCAACGUAUGGGAAUUGUCCUGCACAGUCUACCAUUUGCAUGUAUGAUGGUCCAGGAAAGUCCCACUGUGAAUGCAAGGAGCAUUACACAAACUUUGUACCUGGGAAAGGAUGCAGCAUGACGGACAUCUGUGAAACAAACAACACCUGCCAUAAAAAAGCUAAAUGCUCAAUGGUUGCACCAGGAGAGAUUACGUGUACAUGCCAGGGGGGCUCCGUGGGGAACGGGUUUGUGUGCUAUGGAAACGUCAUGGAGCGCCUCCGGGACCUGAACGCCGAAGUGGGAGGACGGUGGCAAGGCAAGCUGACAUCCGCCUUAUCGCUCAUGGAAAAUGUCUAUGAAUGGCCGCUGAGUACUCUGGGACCAUUUACCGUGCUUGUACCCACAAACAAGGGGCUUAAAGGUACAAAUAUAAAGGAUCUUCUGAAUAAUAAACAGAAAGCACAGUACUUUGUGAAACUCCAUGUAAUUGCUGGUCAGUUGAAUACCAGUAGCUUGAAUAAUACUAAUGUAAUAUACACUUUGACUGGCAAGUCAGGAGAGAUAUCAAAGGGAGAAAAGGAUAAUCAGUUAAGAAUUAGACUCCAAGGAGGAAGGAGAAAAGGAAAACUUUUGCAGGGAAAUAUUAUUGCUUCCAAUGGGAUUUUGCACAUUAUUGACAAAGCCAUGGACAACGUGGAGCCAACAUUUGAAAGCAGCAAAGAGGAAACCAUAAUGUCAGUACUUCAACAUAAUGGAAGAUACAGCCAAUUUAUAUCUUUGAUAGAGAAAACUGGCCUGGGAAUGGAUUUACGGCAGGACAACAGACCUUACACAGUCUUUGUUCCAAGUAACGAGGCUCUGAGUAAUAUGAAAGCUGAGGCUCUGGAUUACUUGCUUUCUGCAGAGGGUUCAUGGAAGCUGCUGGAGCUGGUCCGAUACCACAUUGUUUCCAACACUGAGCUAGAGGUUGCCAGCCUCAUCUCACUAGAGCACAUCAGAAGCAUGGCGAAGCAGUACAUUUACUUUAACAGGACCAGCACUGGACAAGUCCUGGUGAGUGGAGAAGAAAUGGAAGAAACCGAUAUUGUUGCAAAAAAUGGUCGCAUUUAUACCCUUGCAGGAGUCCUUAUCCCACCCACAAUUGUUCCAAUUCUACCACAUCGGUGUGAUGAGACAAGAAGUCAAGUCGCAACGGAACCAAAGUGUUGCAAAGGCUUCUUUGGCCCUGACUGCAGCCCGUGUCCAGGAGGUUUCUCCAAACCCUGCUCAGGAAACGGGCAGUGCAUGGAUGGCCUGGGUGGAAAUGGGACCUGCAUUUGUGCUGAGGCAUUUCAAGGCUCACGCUGUCAGUUCUGCUCAGACCCUGGCAAAUACGGACCUCAGUGUGACAAAGAUUGCCUCUGCAUUUAUGGGAAGUGCGAUAACCGAAUAGACAGCGUCGGGUUCUGUCUUCCUGGAUCAUGCAGAAGUGGAUACAUGGGGAAACUCUGUGACAAGCAGAUUGUUCCCUGCGAGCCCUUCCUACGGCUCUGCCAUGCACACGCAGACUGUCAGCUUAACGAUGGUGCAGUGAGCUGUGUUUGCAAACCUGGCUAUGAGGGAGACGGCAUGAGCUGCAGCAAAGUUGAUCCUUGUGCUGCUUUAAACCCAGGUGGCUGUAACUUCAAUGCCGAGUGCAUUCAGACGGGCCCGGGAGAGCACACGUGCGUUUGCCAGGCGGGAUGGACAGGCGACGGAAGGGACUGCUCAGCCAUCAACAACUGCCUGCUGCCCGCCGUGGCAGGGUGCCAUGAAAAUGCCACUUGCAUAUACGUUGGGCCGGGUCAGAAUGACUGCAGGUGUAACGAUGGAUUUCGGGGGAACGGAAUUGAAUGCACAUCCAUAAACUCAUGCCUGGAACAAAAUGGAAAAUGCCAUCAUCUGGCAACUUGUCAGUUUGAGUCUUCACGUGGCUGGCAGUGUGUGUGCCCAAAAGGCUACGAAGGAGAUGGUAGAAUAUGCUAUGGAAAUGCUGCAGAUGAGUUAUCUACUCUGUCAGAAGCAGCUGCAUUUAACCAAUGGGUUAAUGAGGCUGAGAUAAACUCGGUGUUGUCCACCACCUCAAACCUAACUGUCCUCGUGCCUUCUCUUCAAGCAAUUGAAAACAUGGAUGAAGAUGAAAAAGCCUUUUGGAUGUCAAAGAGUAACAUCCCAACUCUACUGAAGUAUCAUGUAUUGACAGGAGCUUACAGCUUUGCUGAUUUCCAGAAUUUAUCGUCCUCUGACAUGCUGCCAACAUCUCUACAGAGCAACUUCCUACACUUGUCUAAAGAAAAUGGGAACCUCACCCUGGAGGGCGCUCACAUCGUGGCUGGUGACAUCGCAUCCACAAACGGGAUCAUACAUGUUAUUGAUAAGGUUCUGACCCCGCUCCGCAGCACCGUCAUGCCGAGGCUGCUGGCCCGCCUAGAGCAAAUGCCCGAUUACUCCAUUUUCAGGGGCUACGUUAUUCAAUACAGCCUGGCAAAUGAAAUAGAAGCUGCACAUACAUACACAGUCUUUGCCCCAAAUAAUGAUGCCAUAGAAAAUUACCUAAGGGAUAAAAAGUCUGCUACUCUGGAUGAAGGCCAAAUCCGCUAUCACGUUGUGCUGGAUGAGAAGCUCCUGAAGAACAACCUGCACAACGGCAUGCACAGGGAGACCAUGCUGGGAUUCUCCUACCAGGUUGGGUUCUUCCUCCACAACGGCCAGCUAUUCAUAAAUGAUGUGCCUAUAAGCUAUACAAAUGUUGCAACAGACAAAGGAAUUAUUCAUGGUUUGGGAAAAGUCCUGGAAAUCCAGAAGAAUAGAUGUGAUAUCAAUGAUACCGUGAUCACCGAAAAGUGCAGAAUUUGUUUGCAGCCAUCAAGUUGUCCCCCAGGAACAAAAGAAAUAGCAGGGGAGAAGAAAUAUUGCAUCCUCUCGGAAAACAACAUGAGAACGUACACCAUCCAGAUCGGGUGCCAGCCAAAGUGUGCUAAAACCGUCAUUACCAGGGAGUGCUGCGCAGGUUUCUUUGGGCAGCAGUGCCAGCCCUGCCCGGGGAAAGCAGGGAACGCCUGCUUCGGAAACGGCAUCUGCCUGGAUGGCAUCAAUGGCACGGGCACCUGCGAGUGCGGAGAGGGGUUUGUCGGCACAGCCUGCGAAAGCUGCAUCGAAGGCAAAUACGGCCGCAACUGUGAUCAAGCGUGCGCUUGUGUCCACGGGAAAUGCAGCAGUGGGAUCGACGGGGACGGCUCCUGUGAAUGUGACGUUGGCUGGAAAGGAGUGACGUGUGAGACUGAGAUCAAAGAUGAUGCAUGUAACACCUCAUGCCAUACCAGUGCUAACUGCCUUCUCCUAUCAAAUGGCACCGCCUAUUGCAAGUGUGCAGCUGGGUUCGAGGGGAACGGGACGUUCUGCACAGCUAUUGAUGCUUGCGAGACCAGCAACGGUGGCUGUUCUGCCAAAGCAGAGUGCAGAAGAACAACGCCUGGCAAUAGAGCAUGCAUCUGCAACGCUGGGUACACUGGAGAUGGAAUAGUCUGCAUUGAAAUCAACCCUUGCCUGGAGAACAACGGUGGAUGCGAUAGAAAUGCAGAAUGCACUCAGACUGGACCCAAUCAAGCAGCAUGUAAUUGCUUGAAGGGAUACUCCGGAGAUGGUAAAAGAUGCACAUAUAUCAGUUUGUGUUCACAAAAUAACGGAGGCUGCAGUGAAUUUGCCAUCUGUAAUGACACCGAGCUGACAGAAAGGACCUGCACCUGCAAAGAUAACUACAUUGGGGAUGGAUUUAAGUGUCGAGGCAAUAUAUUCCAGGAACUUCUCAGGGACUCCAACACAUCUAGGUUUUAUUUCCACUUAGAGGCCUUGUCUAUCAGAGAUAUUGCAGGCCCUGGCCCUUUCACUCUGUUUGUACCUCGCACAGACGUACUAAACGGCGACCCACGAGUGAAGGACUGGAUUGCCAAAGGAGUCAUGGCUCAAGUCCUCCGGUAUCAUAUGGUGGGUUGUGCCAGUCUGUUGUACAAUGACCUGACAACAAUCACCAACAUCACCUCUCUCCAUGGGGACCCGAUACACAUCAGCUACUCUCAGAACUCGCUAGUUUUGAACAACAAAGCUGAAAUCAUACUCAGCGAUGCUGUUGGGACAAAUGGCGUGAUCCAUGUCAUAAAUCAAAUUCUGGUCCCAUCACAUAUGCAGGAUUUCUCCCUUAAGAAGGUAUGUGCAGCUUAUUGCUGUUCUCACCUUAAAAUGGUUGCAGCCAAACAUGGAUACAUCCUGUUCAGCAGUUUGCUAGAGAAAAACAACCUGCUUGGGCUGAUCAACGAUCCUAUUCACAAACCCGUCACGCUCUUCUGGCCCACAGACGCAGCUAUCCGUGGGCUGCCACAGGAACAGCAGGACUUCCUCUUCAAGAAGUCCAACACUGACAAACUGGUGCAGUACCUCAAAUUCCACAUUGUCCGUGAUGCUGCGGUGUUGGCCUACCAGCUCCCCCGCUCCACCUCAUUGAAGACCCUGCAGGGCUCCAACCUCAGCAUUAGAUGUGGAGAUAACAGGGAGAUUGGCGCCCUUUUCCUGAACGACAGACACUGCAAGAUAGUGCAGCGGCAGCUGGAGUUCGACGGGGGCAUCGCCUACGGCAUCGACUGCCUGCUGACGGACCCCAGCCUGGGGGGACGCUGCGACAGCUUCUUCACCGUGGAUUUCAUGGGGCAUUGUGUUAGCUGUUUCAGUAAUUCUAAAUGCCCUCCAGGGACAAAACCAAAGGAAGGGAUCCACUGGUGCACGUACGAGUUCUACGGGCUGCGGAGGGACGGCUGCCGCAGGAACUGCUCCAUGGUCAUCCACACGGCCAAGUGCUGCAAGGGCUACUUCGGGCCAGACUGCCAAGCUUGCCCAGGGGGCCCAGAGACCCCAUGCAAUAACCACGGCUCCUGCAACGAUGGCUACACUGGGACAGGAGAGUGCCACUGCGACAGCGGCUUCAACGGGACUUCAUGCGAGCUGUGUUUGCCAGGCAGAUAUGGCUCCAAUUGCAGGCCCUGCGAGUGCAAGACCAACGGGCAGUGUGACGAAGGAUAUUCAGGAACGGGACGAUGUUUCUGUGAAACAGGAUGGACUGGCCGGCUGUGUGAAACCAAGCUAGCUCUGCCGCCAGUGUGUUCCCCAAGCUGCUCCGCCAACGCCGUCUGCACGGAGAACAACACGUGCCAGUGCAAGCCGUUUUACAACGGGGAUGGGCUCACAUGCAGAGCUGCGGACCUUUGCAAACAAAACAACGGCGGGUGCCACAAGGCGGCCGAAUGCACACAGCUUGGGGUGAAAGUCUUCUGUAGCUGCCAGAAAGGAUACAAAGGCGAUGGCUUUACAUGCCUUCCAAUAAAUCCUUGCGCCGAUGGGUUCAACGGAGGCUGCCAUGAGCAUGCCAUUUGCACUGUCAUAGGACCUGACAAACGCAAGUGCGAAUGUAAAAAUAACUACAUUGGUGAUGGGCUGAACUGCUCGGUGAUGCAGCUUCCUCUUGACCGCUGCUUACAGGACAACGGGCAGUGCCACCCCGACGCUGACUGUGCCGAUCUCCACUUCCAAGAUACCACGGUUGGGGUUUUCCACUUACGGUCCCCACAAGGGCAGUACAGGAUGACUUAUGAGAAAGCAAAGGAGGCCUGUGCCAAUGAGUCAGCCACCAUCGCUACGUAUAACCAGCUGCUGUACGCGCAGAAGGCGAGGUACCACCUGUGUGCUGCCGGCUGGCUAGACGAUGAAAGAGUGGGCUACCCAACUGCCUUCUCCUCCCCAAACUGUGGCUCCGGGUACGUCGGCAUCGUGGACUACGGGAGAAGAGUCAACCUGAGUGAAACCUGGGACGUCUUCUGCUACAGGGAGAAAGAGGUGAACUGCACCUGCAAGCCAGGCUACGUGGGGGACGGCUUCUCUUGCAGCGGGAACUUGCUACAAGUGCUGACGUCCUUCCCAACGCUGACAAACUUCUUUUCGGACAUCAUGGCUUACUCCAACAGCUCUAGGAAGGGGAGAGAGUUCCUGCGGUACCUCACGGACCUGUCAGUGCAUGCCACUCUCUUUGCUCCAAACGAUAGCGGGUUAAGGGAAAAUGAGACACUUUCCGGGCGAGACAUCGAGUAUCAUUUAUCUAAUGCCAGCAUAAUGUUUUAUGAGGACUUGAUCAACGGAACAACUCUUCUAACCCGUCUUGGGGAAAAACUCCUCAUCACAAACACCAGGGGCCAGGAACAUCAAAACGAGAUCAGAUACGUGGACAGAAGUGCUAUUGUAGAGUGGGAUAUAAUCGCUUCCAACGGGAUAAUCCAUGUCAUUUCAGAGCCUUUAAAGGCUCCACUAGCACCUGCUCCUCUCCAUGCCAGUACCGGGACAGGAAUAUUCUUUGGCAUCUGCCUGGUUACUGGAAUUGUAGCUUUUAUCGGAUAUUCUUACCUCAGGUUCAGGAAAAGAAACACAGGCUUCCAGCACUUCAAGUCAAAAGAUGACACUGACGUAACAUCACUGGACAAGUCACAGCCUUCAAAUAUCACCAACCCCUCAUACGAAAGUUCUUCUGCACUGAAUCCACCAGAACCUACUUAUGAUCUUUUCUCAGAUUCAGAUGACCAGCAGCUUGUGAUGAGCGGUCCUCAUGAUCAGAAUUAA